AUUCUGUCUAGACAUAAUCAAAUAUUUGUUUGCUGUAGUAUUGUUUUUCUUUUGAGGUAUAAAUAUCACAGAUUAUGAAUAAUUUUUUGUUACUAGUAUUCUGAUUUAAAACAUCUACCUAGAAGGAGCUCUUGGAUUCAAAUCAAACAAAAACAUGAAAAAAACUUUCAGUAUCAAAAAUAUAAUUUUUGGAAAACUUCACACCUACGAGGAUGAUCCGUUUUUUUGGAUGGCAGAUUGGAGUACACUACUUUUUAGAACAUUUCACCAGGAAAUAAUAUCAAGAACAAUAUUUUGGAUGUAUAAUGUUCUUUUAUUUGCGAUUGUAGUUUAUUUACUUAUAUAUCCAUUCAACACAGGCACUAUAAGUGACAUCAUGUAUACUACAUCACAAAUGGUUUCAUUCCAGUUGUGUUAUGGUAAUUAUAUGAGCAAAUUUGGUGUGUUCUAUGAAAGUUUUCAGAAUCUAGGCAAACUUACUAAAGUUUAUGGUCGACCGCCUAAUGAUUCUUUUAAAAAAGAAACGAAUAGAAUAAGUCAUAUAUGGAAACUAUCGGUAACAAUUGUGAUUGUAUUUAGUUUCGUUGCCUAUUUUUUAAACGUUUGUUUCAUGAAUGAUGAUACAAAUAUAUUAGUCCUCGUGGUUAAAGGUCUCACCUUGAAUAGACCAAAAGGAUUAUUGGGGAUCAAUAUUUUAUUAUACGGAAUUAUGAUGCCUCACAGUUUACUUUUUGAAGGAGCAUUUGUGUUGCUUUCUCUUUAUUUCAAUUUACAUUUCAAGUAUCUAUUAAGAAUAUUAAGAGAAAGUAUUGAAAUCAUGGUAGGUUUGGAAAAAGACUUUGAUGAUGAAAUUGAAUAUUGGAAUUCAAAUAAAUAUCAGAAACAUAUCAAAAAUGAAAUGAAAUAUUUUUUGGCUCAGUAUAUUCGAAUUAAAAUGUCUCUGGAUAAUUUCAAUGAAAUAUAUAAAAUGGGUUUUCUAUCUAUUACCCUUAGUGGAGUUGUUGAAAUGGGAACUACGUUGGUCUCAAUCGUAACUGUAGACUCAGAUAAAAAUAUUUUACCCUUUGUUGUAUACUUUGGAGUAGCCAUAUUUAUAUUUACAUUAAUAACCGAAACUGGAGAACAAAUUCUUAUAGAGUGUGAGCAAUUGUACUUACAAGCUAAACAAUUUAGAUGGUUUCAGUGGAAUAAAGAGAAUCGGCAGCUAUUAUGGAUGUUUUAUUUCAUAACUCAAAAACCAUUGUGUUUAAGUUGUUAUGGGUUGAUUACGAUAAAUCGGAGAAUGAUGGUAUCGCUAUAUCGGAUGGUUUACUCAUUCGUAACUUGUUUUGGAAAGAUGAAUAAUUGAAAUUGGACGCAGAGA